UUUGACGCAAAUAAAAACAAAUGUCUGUGUUUAAAUCGGUUACGUUAGAAUUCUCGUAAAUAUAUAUAUAUAUAUACAUAUAAAUGUGUGUGUAUAUAUAUAUAUAUAUUAUCUUUAACGUUAACGUGAGUACAGGGAAAAAAAUAUAGAAUUUGUUUAAGCUAACUAGUCUUAACAUUAGCUAUCAUUUUAGCUUUUAGCUGCUAACAUUAGCAUUCAGUAAAAAAAUAUUAAACUGGCUUUAAAAAGUCUUCAAAAAAGACUAGAGAGGUCCGAAAAAGAUGUCGGAUUCAGACAGCGACGAGGACCAGGAUCGUCCCUUUUCCCUUACUGGUUUCCUCUUUGGAAACAUCAACGAAGAUGGACAGUUAGAGGGAGACAGUGUUCUGGACAAUGAGUCUAAAAAGCACCUAGCUGGUUUGGGGAGUCUGGGUCUGGGCUCUCUCAUUACUGAGAUUACUGCCAAUGAGGAUGAGGGAAAAGAGGAGCACAGAGACCCUGGAAGUGUGGAUUCAGAGGGUUGGGUGAAAAGCACAGACGAUGCAGUCGAUUAUUCUGACAUCAGUGAGGUUGCUGAGGAUGAGACUAAAAAAUACUAUCAGGCCAUGGGAUCUUUGCAGCCAAGCAGAAAAACAGAUGAUGAUGAUGAGGAUGACUAUGAUGCAGACAGCGAGAAUAUUGAUUCGAAGCUUAUGCCUCCUCCACCACCACCAAGCAUUCCCACGGCUGCUAAGAAAGAAGAACCCUCCACUCAGAGCACAAAUGCAGCAAGUGAAGACAGCGAUGGCAUUAUCCUUCCUUCUAUUAUUGCACCAUCCUCCACUGGCGAUAAGGUUGACUUCAGCAGCUCCUCAGACUCUGAGUCAGAAACCGACCGACCCUGUCAGGGUUCAGGAAGGGGAGGGCCCCCAGACAUGCUCACCCUGCCUCUAGCUGGCAUCAUGCAGAAAGACGCUGCUAAAGCGUUGCCUGGUGUGACAGAGCUCUUCCCAGAGUUUAGGCCAGGCAAGGUACUGAGGUUCUUACGGCUGUUUGGUCCUGGAAAGAACAUGCCAUCAGUUUGGAGGAGUGCCCGCAGGAAAAAGAAGCGGAAACACAGGGAUCCGCAUCCUGGGACACCCCCUCCUGAAGGAGAAGGCUCGGAGCCGAACCAGGAGAAAAAGUCAGGAUGGAUUUCCGAGCUUGCACCCCCUCCACCUCCGGAGCAGUGUCUCUCCGACGAUGAGAUAACCAUGAUGGCUCCAGUGGAAUCAAAUUUCUCACAAGCUUGCGGUGAUGUCGACAAAGAAGCUGAGUCUCGACCUAAAGUGGCAGAAUGGAGAUACGGUCCAGCUCAGCUGUGGUACGACAUGUUAGGUGUUCCUGAGGAUGGGAGCAGUUUUAACUACGGCUUCAAGCUUAAGGAGCAGCAGUCGGAUGAGACAGAGAAGCCAGAUCUACCCAAGGAGGUGACAGAGACUCCUCAGGAGGAUCGGAGGCAGGAUAAUGACAAUCGCACAGAAGAAGAUGAUGAUGUUGAUGAAGAUGAAACCAAAUUGGCGCUAGAGAAUGAGCUCUUCCUGAUGGUCACUCAGCUGCAGUGGGAGGAUGAUAUUAUUUGGAAUGGAGAGGAUGUAAAACACAAGGGCACCAAGACUCAGAGAGCCAGUCUGGCAGGUUGGCUCCCAUCCAGCAUGACCCGCAACGCUAAUGCUUACAACGCACAGCAGGGUCUAACCAGAAGUAAUUCCCAGCUGGUGCCACCAACGCCCCAGAUCAUUCCCAAAAUUUCUUCAAUUUCUGUCUCUAAACGGGAAAAAAGCAUUCACGAUAAUCAAGUCUCCCAAGAAGAAGACUGUUCCUGGUUUUCCAUUUUUCCCAUUGACAAUGAGGAGUUGGUCUACGGCCGGUGGGAGGACAACAUCAUCUGGGAUGACCAGGAGAUGGAUCGCAUGCUCACACCUCCGGUUCUCACUCUAGAUCCUAAUGAUGAGAAUAUUAUUCUGGAAAUUCCUGAUGAGAAGGAAGAGAUGACUUCUCACUCGCCGUCAAAAGAGAAUAAGAAGGAAACUGCAAUCAAGAAGAGUCGUAUUCUGUUGGGAAAGACUGGGGUGAUAAAAGAUGAGCCCCAGCAGAACAUGUCCCAGCCCGAGGUUAAAGAUCCCUGGAACCUUUCCAACGAUGAGUUCUACUAUCCCAAACAGCAGGGCCUGAGAGGAACCUUCGGAGGCAACAUCAUUCAACACUCCAUUCCUGCUCUUGAGCUGAGGCAGCCCUUCUUCCCCACUCACAUGGGACCCAUGAAGCUUCGCCAGUUCCAUCGUUCGACUCUGAGGAAAUACUCGUUUGGACUUUUAGCUCAGCCAGGUCCCCACGCUGUCCAGCCGCUGCUCAAACACAUAAAGAAGAAGGCCAAAAUGAGAGAACAAGAGCGGCAGGCAGCAGGAGGUGGGGACAUGUUCUUCAUGCGAACGCCGCAGGACUUAACGGGUAAAGACGGAGACCUGAUCUUAGCAGAGUACAGCGAGGAAUACGCUCCUCUCAUCAUGCAGGUCGGCAUGGCAACCAAGAUCAAAAACUACUACAAAAGGAAACCUGGGAAAGAUCCCGGAGCGCCUGACUGUAAAUAUGGAGAAACUGUUUAUUGCCACACGUCUCCUUUCCUUGGGUCUCUACAUCCUGGGCAGCUGCUUCAGGCUUUUGAAAACAACCUCUUCCGUGCUCCGAUCUAUUUGCACAAGAUGCCAGAGACAGAUUUCCUGGUCAUACGAACCCGACAUGGCUACUACAUUCGAGAGAUUGUGGACAUUUUUGUCGUUGGCCAGGAGUGCCCCUUGUUUGAAGUGCCAGGUCCAAACUCCAAACGUGCCAAUACUCACAUCAGAGACUUCCUGCAGGUGUUCAUUUACCGUCUGUUCUGGAAGAGCAAAGAUCGACCCCGACGAAUCCGAAUGGAGGACAUAAAGAAAGCUUUUCCCUCCCACUCGGAGAGCAGCAUCCGGAAACGGCUCAAACUCUGUGCUGACUUCAAACGCACGGGGAUGGACUCAAACUGGUGGGUGCUGAAGCCGGACUUCAGAUUGCCAACAGAAGAAGAAAUCAGAGCCAUGGUGUCUCCAGAACAGUGCUGUGCUUACUACAGCAUGCUAGUGGCAGAGCAGAGGCUCAAGGACGCUGGCUACGGUGAGAAAUCCUUCUUUGCUCCAGAAGAGGAGAAUGAAGAGGACUUCCAAAUGAAAAUUGAUGAUGAGGUGCGGACUGCUCCGUGGAACACAACCAGAGCCUUCAUUUCUGCCAUGAAGGGGAAGUGCCUGCUGGAGGUUACGGGUGUGGCUGAUCCUACUGGCUGUGGGGAGGGCUUCUCCUACGUUAAAGUCCCCAAUAAACCCACCCAGCAGAAGGAUGACAAAGAGCCGCAGCCGGUUAAAAAGACGGUGACAGGGACAGAUGCAGAUCUGAGGAGGUUAUCGCUUAAGAACGCCAAGCAACUCCUUCGUAAGUUUGGUGUUCCAGAAGAAGAGAUCAAGAAGCUCUCCCGCUGGGAGGUGAUCGAUGUGGUGAGAACCAUGUCCACGGAGCAGGCUCGGUCAGGCGAAGGUCCGAUGAGCAAGUUCGCCAGAGGCUCCCGCUUCUCUGUGGCCGAACACCAGGAGCGCUACAAGGAAGAGUGUCAGAGGAUCUUUGACCUGCAGAACAAAGUUCUGGAGUCCACCGAGGUGCUGUCCACAGACACCGACAGCAGUUCAGCUGAAGACAGUGAUUUUGAAGAGAUGGGUAAGAACAUUGAGAACAUGCUGCAGAAUAAAAAGACCAGCUCUCAGCUUUCCCGUGAGAGGGAGGAACAGGAGAGGAAGGAGCUGCAGAGGAUGCUGAUGGGCGAGGAGAGUGAUCGUGACAAUAAGGGACGCAAAGACCGACGCAAGGGCUUAUCCAGUUCCCUGUCCACCAGCUCCCACAAAGAUGACGACACGUCGUCUGUCACCAGCCUAAACUCAUCCGCUACGGGACGCAGACUCAAGAUCUAUCGCACCUUCAGGGAUGAGGACGGCAAAGAGUACGUCCGCUGUGAAACCGUUCGUAAAGCUUCAGUCAUCGAUGCCUACACCAGGAUCAGGACCACCAAGGAUGAUGAGUUCAUACGGAAGUUUGCCGUCUUUGAUGAGCAGCACAGAGAAGAGAUGAGGAAGGAGCGUCGGCGUAUUCAGGAGCAGCUUCGGAGGCUGAAGAGAAACCAGGAAAAGGACAAGAUCAAAGGACCGCCAGAGAAGAAGACCAAGAAGGUUAAAGAGAGACCAGACCUCAAGGUAAAACUGAAGUGUGGAGCAUGUGGGGCCAUCGGUCACAUGAGGACCAACAAGUUCUGCCCCCUGUACAAUCAAACCAACGCCCCGCCCUCGAACCCUGUCGCUAUGACUGAGGAGCAGGAGGAGGAGCUGGAGAAGACCGUCAUCCACAACGACAACGAAGAACUCAUCAAGGUGGAAGGCACAAAGAUUGUUCUGGGCAAGCAGCUCAUUGAAAGUGCUGACGAGGUGCGCAGAAAGUCGUUGGUGCUGAAGUUCCCCAAGCAGCAGCUUCCACAGAAGAAGAAAAGGCGCGUAGGCAGCGCAGUCCACUGUGACUACCUCAAUAAACCACACAAAGCAAUCCACCGCAGACGCACCGAUCCGAUGGUCACGUUGUCCUCUGUGCUUGAAAACAUCAUCAACGACAUGCGGGAUCAUCCCAACACGUACCCGUUCCACACACCCGUCAAUGCCAAGGUUGUGAAGGACUACUACAAGAUCAUCACUCGUCCCAUGGACCUACAGACACUGAGGGAGAACGUACGAAAGCGGAUGUACCCAUCGAGGGAGGAGUUCCGUGAAGCGGUGGAGCUGAUUGUCAAAAACAGCGCCACCUACAACGGAGCAAAACAUCCCAUAACUCAAGUGGCCCAGUCCAUGCUGGACCUGUGCGACGCUAAGCUGAAAGAAAAGGAGGACCGGCUGGUGAGGCUGGAGAAAGCUAUCAACCCCUUGCUGGAUGAUGACGAUCAGGUGGCUUUCUCCUUCAUCCUGGACAACAUCAUUACCCAGAAGAUGAUGGCUGUUCCUGACUCCUGGCCGUUUCAUCAUCCUGUUAAUAAAAAGUUUGUGCCUGAUUACUACAAAGUCAUCGUGAACCCCAUGGAUCUGGAGUCCAUCAGAAAGAACAUCUCCAAACAUAAAUACCAGAACAGAGAAGUGUUCCUGUCGGAUGUGAGUCUCAUCCAUGCCAACAGCAUCAAAUACAACGGUCCUGACAGUCCUUUCACCAAAACAGCCCUGGACAUCAUCAGUGUGUGUGAGCACACCUUGGCUGAGUAUGAUGAGCACCUGACACAGCUGGAGAAGGACAUCUCUGCUGCGAAGGAGGCAGCUCUGGAUGUGGCAGACCUGGACAGUCUGGACCCAAUGACACCUGGACCAUACACGCCGCAGCCUGCUGAUCUGUUUGACAGCGUGGCUUCAGGGAGUCUGCCCAGAGAGCCCAGCAGCCUUUUCUCUGAGGGACCUCUAGUGGUUGCUCCAGAGAAGAGAGGGGGGCAGGGGCGACACGGCAGAAGACCUAGAGAGGAAGACUCAGAUGUGGACAUUGAGGGCUUUGAGGAGGAAGAUGAUGGCAAACCCAAGACUCCUGCUCCUGCGGAGGAUGCUGACGGAGAUCUGGAGGAUGAAGAUGAUGAAGAGAUGUUGCUGCCAUCUCGCAGACGGCCACACGAUCGGGACGAGGAAGAGGAGGGAGACCACAGCAGAUUAAGCCAUCCGGCUCAAUCCAGCGUUCUGUAUCAGGACCUGCUCAUGUCUGAUGGAGAGGAUGAUGCCAGUGAGGAAGAAGGAGACAACCCUUUCUCCUCCAUACAGCUCUCAGAGAGUGGCAGCGACUCUGACCGGGAGUUGGAUCUGCGAGCCCCGCCUCCUCGGAGAGCUCAGGAGAUAGCCCGAAUGGGCAUGGAGCAGGACGAGAGCAUGAUGUCCUAUGAAGGAGACGGGAAUGAAAACAUGGAGGACAGCAACAUUAGUUACGGCAGCUACGAGGAGACACAGAGUCAGAGUCAGAUACAGCCGUCCAGCAUGGGAAACGGAGAGGAGUACGGCAUCAGUGAAGAGGAGGAGGAAGACGAAGAAGAUGAAGCUCGGAGGAGAGGCCCAGCUGUGCUCUCUCAGGCCCAGCUGAGUGAAGAUGAAGAGAGCGAAGAGUUCAGAUCUAUCGGAGGAGACAGCGACAUGGACUCUGACAACUAGGGGGGUGUGUGUGUGUGUGUGUGUGUGUGUGUGUGUGUGUGUGUGUGUGUGUGUGUGUGGCCUACUGUAAUCUCACAUUUAUAACAGAAAUGUAGUUUCUCUGGUAAAUAUGUAAAUUCUUACUUUGUAAAUAAAGUUUAGUAUUUGCGUCUUCGUA